UAACAAUCUAAUGCGAUGGAUAGACGGACACACCUCAGUGAUGGGAUUGAUCAAAAUGUCAACUUUGUGUUUAUUGGUUAUUAUUUUUGACCUUUGUCAUUUAUAGCCAGAUCAGAUUUUGCAAACAUGCAAGUUGCGUAAAUAAGUUAUCAAAUCACAUAAUUAUAAUCAUAAAAAAUUCUCAUUUAACUCAAUUGAAGGACAUUUCAUUGUAUGAUAUGGCGAUUGAAAAUUUUCAAAUUUUCAUCUCAUCAACUUGAUACAAAAUAAAUGGAAUUAUGUUAACACCAAACUAUAUUGGUGAACACUUCCUUCCAUUCUUAUUAGUAAUAAAAUUAUUUGGAUUUACUGCAUCUUAUGAGGAAGUUCAACGACAUGAUGAUAAUGUUUCACAUGACCAUAGUAAAAGCUUAUCUCUUCCAUAUAUAUACAAUAAUCCAAAUUAUACACUUAUAAAGACUGGAAAUUUCACAGGAAAUACACCCAUUUUUAUCACAGAAAAAUUGUUUAUACCUACAGAACGAUGGCAUUUUCAUUUAGAAAUGUUUGUUACGAUAUUCCUCGCUUGUUUUCAUUCGGUGCCAACACUGGGUUGUUGUAUUUAGAUAGACGAGCUAAGCCAACUGGUGCAAUAAAUAACUCCAGCUUCUCGAACAAUUUCAUAACAAAUACCAAUCAUAACAAUAUUAGUAGCAACAAUAAUAAUUAUACUACUACUGUUACUACUGCUAAUAGUAAUAAUAAUAACGUAGCUUCAGUCGGUCUUUCACCGAGAAAGUGGUGUAAUAAACGUAACUCUCGUGGAUUUAGUUUUUUAGUGUUUCACCAACAAUCUCAGCCAUCACCACCAUUGACAUCACAGAUACCAUCAGAAACACCACGUUCCUUUUCUCUGUCAAGUCCAAUCAAUAAAUAUCCUUCAUCUAUCAGUCUUUUAAAGUUGAAUCAAACUAAUCUAAAUUCGACUACAGUAUUUCAUCAUGGUUCAACACAAUACCAUACACCACGUAGUCGAAGACAACGCAGGUAUCUGAGAGGGUUACUUGGUUUGUCGAUUAGUAAUCUCAGUUUAUCACUGAGUUUACUUAGCUGGUGUAUAUGUCAAAUUAUUAUGCAUAAUAUUAGUAAUACAAGGCAUACAUUAAAGGCCUGGUUAACAAUGAUUGCAUUUACCAACAUUUGGACGGUAGAUAUUGCACAAGCAUUAGAGACUGGAGCUAUUUUAUGGAUUGCACUUGAGCGUACAUUGGGUAUACAUUGGCCAAGUGAAACACAGACCAGCAAUGGUAAUAAUAACAACAGUGUUGGAAGUAAUACACUCAGUACUAACACAAAUAAUUCAACUCGACGUACACAAUAUUCUUAUGGAAAAUAUAACGGAGAUGUCGAUUUGCGUAGAACGCGUCUUAAUCACCUUCGAUUUAAAAUGUCACUGACUAAUUCAUUGAAAAUAACUAAAGAUAGCCUUAAUCGAUUAUUUUUUAAUUCUAUUUGUUUCAAUCGUUGUAUUACACACGAUUACUAUUGUUCUUGUUGUUCCCCUGCUUUACUAACACAUUCAACACUACUGAUAGGGAAAAAAAGUAGUAAAAAGAGAAUUUCAUGUUUUAUCCGUUUAUUUUUAUGUCUUUUACCGUUAGUUUUAUUUCUUAUUGCAUCAAUGUACAGUUUGACAAUUAUUAUUCAUACAACUAGGAAGCAGAGAUUACAUAAUCAAUCAUCUAUUUCUUAUUAUGAACAACAUCAUGUCAAUAUUAUUUCUGAUAUGAAAACUACUUAUAUUAGUAGUAUGAAUCAAAACGAAAACAAUUUUACACAAAACUUUAAUCCCCUUGUAAUUUAUAAUUAUUACUAUACUUAUUUUACCAGUGUACUUCGGAAACAGUUACCAUUCUAUACUGUGCAUAUAAAGCAUCAAGUAUAUAUGUAUUAUACAAGUUCUAUUAUAUCAGCUUUAGUAAUCGGUCAAUUUUUAGCGCCAUUAGCAAUAUUGGUGACAACAAAUUUAUUGAUUUAUCAAAAAGUAGCAUCAAGGGAUAAACGUUUCUUCUCAAGACAAUCAAGUAACACAAGUAAAUCUUCUUUUGUCUCUGGUGUAUCCAUUUCAUCGGUGAACGCUUCAUCGUCACCGUCUACACGAAAACUGACAACAGCUACAAUCAACUUUCCAAUUCCUCUGUUACGUGUAUUAGAAAGUAGUAAUCAAGAUGUUCGUAUAGAUGUUGAUGAAGAUAAUACUACAACCGGCGAGCAGUCUUCUGAUACGAUAGAUGCUACGAAGCCAUCUGGACAGUCAUUAUUUCAACAACAACAAAGACAGCAUACACUUUCAGUUCCGUUGACUGAUAUGAAUGAGAAAACCUAUCCAUUCUCACCAGCUACAAACAUAGCAGUGAAACAAAAUGAAACAUUUUUACACACUACUGAUGAAACGAGGUAUUUGUUAAGUGAGAGAAGAAACAGUACUUCAGUAAUUCAGCCAGCAAUAUCUUAUACAGAAUUAUAUGAUAACAAUAAUAAUACAACUCUAUCAUCAAAGACAACAACAGCUACAACGAUGACAGCAACAUCCCAUAGAUACAGUGAAUCUAGUAUUAAAUUAUCCACAGUAUAUUCACUGCAAAAACGUCGUAAAAGUAGUAAUGAUAUAUUCACGUCAUUAUUUCAAUCACGUGGACAGGAUCAAAACAGUCGUACAGGUGAAGAACCGAUUCUUCUACAGGUAUUAAGAAGACAGCAUAGACGAACACUUCGUAUACUCAUAAUACUAUUGUUGGUAUUUGUUCUUUGUCGUGCACCGAGAUCAAUUGUUCUGAUGAUUGAAUGGUUAAGACAUACAUGUUUCAAGAAAUGUGAGCCACAUUUAAGCUCAUGGUUACAGUAUACUAGUAUAUUUGCUUAUUCAAGUGCUGUACUGGACACAAUUGUAUAUGGAUUCUGGGGAAAUCGUGCCUAUAGGAUACAUAUGAAGAAUCUAUAUGCUCGUCGUAGCUUAUGUAGAUGUAUUGUUUGUGCAUAGCAUCUACACAAACAUUUAUAUGUCGUCAUAAUCAUCAUUAUUUAUUUUUCCAUCGAUAUAAUUACCAGUAUAUAUAUAUAUAUAUAUAUAUAUACACUCUGU